AUGGCUUCGUUCCCCGAGUCGGAUUUCCAGAUCUGCCCGCUGUGCAAGGAGAUGUGCGGCUCGCCGGCUCCGGUCUCGUCCAAUUCGUCCACCUCGUCGUCGUCCUCGCAGACUUCCACCUCGUCUGGAGGAGGAGGGGGUGGAGGAGGCGGCGGCGGCGGGUCUUCGUCGUCCUCCUCGUGCGCCCCGUCGAGGCGCCUGCACGUCCUGCCCUGCCUGCACGCCUUCUGCCGCCAGUGCCUGGAGGCGCAGCGCCACCCUGCCGCGGGGGACUCUCUCAAGCUGCGCUGCCCCAUCUGCGACCAGAAGGUGGUGAUCUCGGAGCCGUCGGGCAUGGACGCGCUGCCCUCGUCCAACUUCCUCCUCAGCAACCUGCUCGACGUGGUCGUCGUGGCGGCCGCCGCCGAGGACCAGAAGAACAACGGGCGCCCCGGUGCACCGGGGGGAGGCGGAGGGAGCAACAGCAGCACCAACAACCGGCACCACCACCACCCUCGACAGCAACCGGCGCAGCAACAGCAACACCGCGCCUCGGCCGGCGGCGGCUCGUCGCCGGGCUCCGUGGCCGGCUCGGCGUCGUCGGGAGGCGGAGGCUCGUCGCUGCUACUCCGACGGCCGCACAGCCGCCAGGGCGAGCCUCGCUGCAGCUCGUGCGACGAAGGCAACGCCGCCAGCUCGCGCUGCCUCGACUGCCAAGAGCACCUGUGCGACAACUGCGUGCGCGCCCACCAGCGCGUCCGCCUCACCAAGGACCACUUCAUCGAGCGCUUCGGCCCGGGGCCGCCCGCCUCCACCGGCGCCGGGCCCGCCUCGGCGGCCGCGCAGCUCGCCCUCAGCCAGCCCUACUCCGCCGCGUCUUACACCAUCCUCUCCUCCGUCUUCUCGGACCGGGUCAACUACUGCCAGCACCACGACGACGAGGUGCUCCAUUUCUACUGUGACACUUGUUCUGUCCCCAUCUGCCGGGAAUGCAGCAUGGGACGCCAUGUGGGCCACAGUUUUAUCUACCUCCAAGAUGCUCUGCAGGACUCCAGAACUCUUACAAUCCAGCUACUAGCCGAUGCUCAACAGGGUCGCCAGGCCAUUCAGCUCAGCAUUGAGCAGGCCCAAGCUGUAGCAGAACAAGUUGAGAUGAAGGCAAAAAUGGUACAAUCUGAAGUGAAAGCAGUGACAUCUAGACACAAGAAGGCCCUAGAAGAAAGGGAGUGUGAGCUGCUAUGGAAGGUGGAGAAAAUCCGCCAAGUGAAAGCCAAGUCCCUCUACCUGCAGGUUGAGAAACUGCGUCAGAAUCUAAACAAGUUGGACAACACCAUCAGCGCAGUGCAGCAGGUGCUUGAGGAAGGUCGGAGCAUUGAUAUCCUCCUGGCUCGCGACCGGAUGCUCGCUCAGGUGCAGGAGCUGAAGAACGUCCGAGGCUUCCUGCAGCCCCAAGAGGACGACAGGGUCAUGUUCACUCCUCCUGAUCAGGCAUUGUAUAUGGCCAUCAAGUCCAUGGGGUUUGUCAGCAGCGGGGCUUUCGCUCCUCUGACCAAAGCCACUGGGGAAGGUCUCAAGCGUGCACUGCAGGGCAAAGUGGCCUCUUUCACAGUGAUAGGCUAUGACCACGACGGGGAGACUCGUCUUUCUGGGGGAGACAUGAUCUCUGCCGUGGUCAUGGGGCCCGAUGGAAAUCUCUUUGGGGCAGAUAUUAGCGACCAGCAGAACGGAACCUACAUCGUCAGUUACAGGCCACAGAUGGAAGGGGAGCACCUGAUUUCGGUCAUGAUGUGCAACCAGCACAUAGAAAACAGCCCGUUCAAAGUCACCGUCAAGUCAGGGCGCAGCUAUGUUGGCAUCGGGCUCCCGGGGCUCUGUUUCGCCAGCGAGGGGGAUAGUGAGGGCAAGUUGUGCCGCCCCUGGGGCGUCAGUGUAGAUAAGGAAGGCUACAUCAUAGUCGCCGACCGCAGCAACAACCGCAUCCAGGUCUUUAAGCCUUGCGGCGCCUUCCACCACAAGUUUGGCACCUUGGGCUCCAGGCCCGGCCAGUUCGACAGGCCUGCCGGCGUGGCCUCCGACUCCUCGCGGCGGAUUGUUGUGGCCGACAAGGACAAUCAUCGCAUCCAGAUCUUCACCUUUGACGGCCAGUUCAUUCUGAAGUUCGGGGAGAAAGGAACCAAGAACGGGCAGUUCAAUUACCCAUGGGAUGUGGCGGUGAACUCCGAGGGCAAAAUCCUGGUGUCCGACACAAGGAACCAUCGGGUUCAGCUCUUUGGGCCUGACGGAGUGUUCCUGAACAAGUACGGUUUUGAAGGGGCACUCUGGAAGCACUUUGAUUCCCCGAGAGGAGUGACGUUCAAUCAUGAAGGCCACCUGGUUGUGACGGAUUUCAAUAAUCACCGUCUUCUGGUCAUACACCCCGACUGUCAGUCGGCCCGCUUCCUUGGAUCCGAAGGCACAAGCAAUGGCCAGUUUCUGCGCCCACAAGGUGUGGCCGUGGACCAGGAAGGCCGAAUCAUUGUGGCAGAUUCCAGGAACCACCGCGUGCAGAUAUUUGAGCCGAAUGGCAGCUUUUUAUGCAAAUUUGGCACUCAGGGAAGUGGCUUUGGUCAGAUGGACCGUCCUUCAGGUAUAACAGUCACCCCAGAUGGCAUGAUUGUUGUGGUUGACUUUGGAAACAAUCGCAUACUCGUCUUCUGAUCUGUCUCUAAUCUAUACUUAAGAAGAAAACUGUCUCAGGGAAAAUCCUUUUAAGAAAACACACACACACACACAUUGCAACCUUAGUUUCAAACCUACCUCAUCUUUAAUUUUUUUUUAAUAGAUGAAUGUACUUUUAUCUACCUCAUUAUAUUUGUGUUCCUUUUACCUCCACAGUAUACACACAGUGCAGCAUAAAAUUAAACUACUACUUCUUCUCCCCCUCCCCCCCCCGGAUGUGGGGACAUUCAUGGUUUUGUGCACGCUAGCUGGUUUGGGCGGCAAAUCCUGUAGACUCUGCCAAAAAGGCGCACACUCUCAUCUUUAAAAAGAAGAAUGGAAAAAAAUUAUGUAGUUUUUUGGUAUUUUUUAAUUUUGUUGUUCUGAUCGUACUGUGGGGAGUUGUUUUGUUUUAUGGCGGCGGUGAAGGGGUCCUGUUUUUAGAUGCUGCUGCAGCAGAGAACUUGUUCCUUGUUCUCCUUUAUUUUCUUUUUAAUACCUCAGUGCAUUUGACAUACUGUUCAGCGUUAAAAGAGUGGUCUUUUUCCAAAGGCUUUGGUCUUUUUUUUGCAAGUGGGAUGGGAUUCCCUGGGCCAGGGAGGGAAGCCCAGGUUCUUCUUCAUUGGUAUUUGCUGUUUUGCAUGUAUAUUUUUUUGUAAAAGAAAAAUGCAGUAACCCCACAACACAAAAGGAAGUUGUUUAGGAAAAUGCACAAGACAUUAUGAAUAUGUUUAGCUUCUCUUUAUUUGGUGGCUUUGGACAGCGGUCCAAAGUUGCACGUGGUAAAUGUCCUCCCGGUAUGUGGAACCUCUGGGAGCAGCCCUCCUUUUCCUCCUCACUGCUGAGCAAGCUGCUCUCCAAACUUGGAAACGUUUAGAAGUUUUACCUCCAGUGCAGCAUGCGGUGCGGCCUGGGUGCGCGGGUGAUUGUGUGUGGGGGAAGCCUUGCGAGAAAGUGGCUUCUGUCAAAAGGCGAUCUCUGGAUCGUAGCUUUGGUGCCACUUGUUCUCAAAAGGUGCGCAAGGGCUUCCUUUUGACCAUGUGUUUCUCUCAUAGCCUUUAAACCCCACCCCCACCCUGGUUCUUUAUAAAAAUAUAUAUUUUUGUCUGUGCUCUUUUUCUCUCUAGAUACAGACACAACUCUCUGUUACAAUGCACACGGAAAGGCAGUGAGUCAAAUGCUUGGGCCGAGUGUUCUGUUUGUUCUGAAGAGGCAAACUGUUUGAAGGCAUGCGUUGGAAGAAUUGACUUUUUAGAAAUCGAGCCUAGU